GACAGCGACCGGAACCUGCUUUUUCCUUCUGUAGGAUCGUAAUGAUCGUUAUCAGAUCCGUACUCAGAUAAACACAGAUUCUCUCUCCCUCAGAUCUGUUUGACCCAACGAAAAAUUUUUCAUUUUUCACCGGAAAAAAGGAGAAUUUGUGGGAAAAAACACAAACCUUUUCCCCAUUUCCCUCGACCCACAUCGGAGAAAUUCGAGCUUGUCAUGGACGGCGGCGGACCUCAACCGGCGGACACGGAUAUGACGGAGGCCGUCGGCGGCUCUGUCCCCUCAGCGGCGGCGCAGAUGCCGGGGAUUGAGAAUAUUCCGGCGAUUCUCAGCCACGGUGGCAGGUUCAUCCAGUACAACAUAUUCGGGAACAUCUUCGAGGUCACCGCUAAGUACAAGCCUCCGAUCAUGCCUAUCGGCAAGGGUGCUUAUGGCAUCGUUUGCUCUGCGAUGAACUCGGAGACAAACGAGAGCGUGGCCAUAAAGAAAAUUGCAAACGCUUUCGAUAACAAAAUCGAUGCCAAGAGGACUCUCCGUGAGAUCAAGCUGCUUCGCCAUAUGGAUCAUGAAAACAUCGUCGCUAUCAGAGACAUAAUACCGCCGCCACUGAGGGAAUCUCUUAAUGAUGUUUACAUUGCAUAUGAACUGAUGGACACUGACCUCCAUCAAAUCAUACGCUCAAAUCAAGGGCUUUCGGAAGAGCGAUGUACUUUUUUACGCAAGCAUGCUCGAUGCUGUUAUUUCCUGUAUCAGAUUCUCCGUGGAUUAAAGUACAUUCACUCGGCCAAUGUUCUCCACAGGGAUCUGAAACCCAGCAAUCUCCUACUGAACGCGAAUUGUGACUUGAAGAUUUGUGAUUUCGGGCUUGCUCGUGUCACUUCUGAAAGCGAUUUUAUGACUGAAUAUGUUGUUACGAGGUGGUAUCGUGCACCGGAGCUGUUGUUGAACUCUUCUGACUAUACUGCAGCCAUCGAUGUGUGGUCAGUCGGCUGCAUUUUCAUGGAGUUAAUGGAACGGAAACCACUCUUCCCUGGCCGAGAUCAUGUUAAUCAGCUUCGCUUGCUUCUGGAGCUCAUCGGCACUCCAUCAGAAGACCAGCUUGAAUUCUUGAACGAAAACGCUAAGCGAUAUAUUAGGCAGCUUACUCCUUAUUCUCGGCAAUCUUUCUCGGAGAAGUUCCCUAAUGUGCAUCCCCUGGCUAUAGACCUCGUAGAGAAGAUGUUGACGUUUGAUCCCAGGCGUAGAAUCACCGUUGAAGAUGCAUUAGCUCAUCCAUACCUGAACUCACUUCACGACAUCAGUGACGAGCCAGAAUGCACAAAUCCCUUCAACUUCGACUUCGAGCAGCAUGCACUGACCGAGGACCAAAUGAAGGAGCUCAUCUACCGUGAAGCACUCGCUUUCAACCCCGAGUAUCAGCAUUAGUCGAGAAGAUUCACUAAAAUCAUCAUCAUCAUCAUCAUGGGUGCAUGCGUGGUGUUGGAUCAACAACAUGGUUGAUCUCCUGAGAACCAUUGUUUCCUUCUGUGUAUAACCCAUUGCACCUUUGGGGGAAGUCAAAUUUUCUCUGAAAAAAAAAAGACAUGUUUCAGAUCCUUCGAGGUCAGACAGAAACCGGUUGCAGGAUUCAUUGGGCAGAAACAUCAGGGACCAUCAUCUUGCUGUUUCUUUUCCAGUCUGUCUUUGAAUUUUUUGGUACCCUUUUUUCUUCUCUUUCUUUUCCUCUGUCUCCAUUUGCUGAUGCAGCAGACUUAAGUUCUCAAGAACAUUUUGUCAUGUGCUAGUGCUACUAAGAUUUAUGCUGGUCUCAACUUUUAGAUUCUUGAAUAAAUGCUGUCUUAAUGUUGUCAUCUGCU